CCCCAUGGUCAUCAGUUAUUCACGUGUGCCUUGAACUACUUACAUAAAGUCACAUUAUAAGAAUUAUUGUCCAUCGUCAUAUAUCUUAUUCCUUGACUAAGAAGUAAACUAGUGGCAAUGUGGUCCAUACUAGUGAUUGUUAUAUCAUCAAAACUCAUAACUUGUGCCAGUAUACCAACUACACCACCCGUAUGGCCUUCGGCAUUUUCGGUAGACUUUGUAGAAGAUAUAUUUUUCGCUGUUGUGAAAUAUUCCCACAACAACGGAACGUGGUACUAUGACUUUCCAAAUGGCAGAGCUAGAUACGACCAUCUUCGUGGACAGAAGAAUAAUUUUUGUGGAGGACAAAAACUUAGUGACCAAGAUCCACAGGCUCCAUGUAGUCUUUUAUUUACUAACCAUAGUAACAUGUAUGUUAUCUACCCAGAGGCAAAAACAUGUUGUAUUCUUUGUGGCGAGAAAGAGGGUUGCACUGUUCUAAAACCAUCUUGGUUGUCGAAUUCCUCGUAUACUGGCGAUAAAGUAUUUGAAGGAAAGAAAUGCCAUGGCUGGGCUGAACCAGGACAUAUUUUCACAGACGAACUUUACGUUACUGAUGAGAAUGUUCUUUGUCAGUACCAUGAAAAGUCGUUUGUUGGUGAUUUGAUUCAUACUCUUACAUUUAACCAAGCAAGUUACAAAGUACAACAGCCAGAUGCCUCGAUCUUUGAUAUUCCGAGCUAUUGUAAGGAUGUAUGUCCUCGUCCGUAUCCAAAUCACGUGACGCACAAACGAUCGAUAUUAUAAAUAUGUGUUAAAUGCAGUUUAUUUAGAGAAUAAGAACAAUAUGUGUCUAUAAAUUUUAACUUAUCCACGUCUUUGUCGUUGUGAUAUGUUUUCGUUUUCUCAGUAAAUUGUUAGGACAAUAUUGUAAUGAACAACUUGUGGUCUUUGGCAUUGCACAAAUCAUGUUUUUAUCUGACGGUUUAGUUACACAUCUUCACAAUAAAUCCACUGAGGUUGGAUGUGUACUGAU